UUUUUUAAAUUGAACACCUUCCAGAACUUUCUAUCGUUUGUCGGGAUAAUGGUAAGCACAAUGGCUCUCUUGGUAACUUUAUUGAUCCACAUUAUAUACAAAUCUCUGCGCACCGAAUCUAGAGGCAUGAGCAUCAUCGGCUUCACAAUCUCUCUCAUCUUCACUCAAAUUUCUUUACUUCUAACUAAUUCUUCUGAGCAUUGUGACCGAAUUUCUCAUUAUUGCUUCCACGUCGCGGUCCUGUCGCACUUCUCGCUUCUGUCCUCGUUCUUCUGGCUAAACUCCUUCACCUACUUUGCCUAUCGUAGAUACAACAGACUGAAAUUUAGCUACCCCGGAGACGAAAAAAACAAAAACGGAUUGGAUUUUGUUUGGUUGGCUUUGUUCGGCUGGAUGGUUCCCGGAGUGUUAGUAAUUUUCACAACGAGUUUGGAUAUUUUCAAAAUAGAAAAUGCUUUCAGACCGCAUUACGGUGAGUUAAGUUGCUGGAUAUCGAAUAGCGUUUCAUCUAUGAUAUAUUUAGUCGGACCUCUUUGUCUUUUAGUUUGCGUUAAUGUGUUUUUCAUAUUUUUUGCCCUCAUUCAUAAAUGUAUUUUUCCGUUGUCGCUCAUUGAGAAUGAGAAAGAAUCGCCGAUAUCAGCGAUUGUAGCAUCGUUGAAGUUAACAAUAUUUCAUUCGAUCACGUGGAUGUUUGCUUUCAUAGCUUCUUACGGCGAUGUCCAACAAAUUUGGUACCUCUUCAUUCUUCUCAAUUCAUUCUUCGGUUGCAUCGUUUUUCUUGUAACAGUUUUAUUUCCCAAAGAUUUUAAAUUAUUU